CUCCAACGCGUGUGUGUGAGACAGACCUAGACUAGAUCCCAAUUCACUCCAUUGAAGCCUUUCCAAGGGAUCCAACAACGCCUUUAGGGUUUCUCAGGUAGGAGUCUUGGGGCAUAUAUAUAUAAUCAAAAGAGACUCCACUUCUUUUUUGAUCAUGGAGACUCUAUGGACACUUUUGUAUCUGCUAGAGCCUGCUCCAGCCACUCUCAUUCUCACAGCUGUAGCCGUCACAUUUGCAUCUGCUUUCCGUGCACUUAACUACGGCAAAGAGAUGGAGAGAAACCGUGACUUCUCCGAAUCAUCCAUUACACUAGACACCUCACAAGCCUUGAUGAUCCCUGUCAUGAGCUCUUGCAGUUUGCUUCUCAUGUUCUAUCUCUUCUCCUCUGUCUCUCAGCUCCUCACCGCCUUCACUGCAGUUGCAUCCGUCUCGUCUCUCUUCUUUUGGCUAUCACCGUAUGCUUUAUACAUCAAGUCGAAGCUUGGUCUCUCUGAUCCGUUUCUCUCUCGGUGCUGCUCUAAGUCCUUUACUAGAAUGCAAGGACUGCUACUUGUUGGUUGUGUUGUGACUGUUGUGGCGUGGCUUGUUUCUGGUCAUUGGGUGUUGAACAACUUGCUUGGGAUCUCUAUUUGUAUUGCUUUCGUUAGUCAUGUUCGUUUGCCUAAUAUCAAGAUAUGUGCUAUGCUUCUCCUGUGUCUGUUUGUGUAUGACAUAUUCUGGGUGUUCUUCUCUGAGAGAUUCUUUGGUGCUAAUGUUAUGGUGACCGUGGCGACUCAGCAAGCUUCUAACCCGGUUCAUACAGUAGCCAACAGUUUGAAUCUACCUGGACUUGAAUUGAUCACAAAGAAACUUGAACUUCCUGUUAAGAUUGUGUUUCCAAGGAAUCUACUAGGUGGUGUGGUGCCUGGUGUGCAUGCCUCUGAUUUCAUGAUGCUUGGUCUUGGUGACAUGGCUAUUCCUGCAAUGCUUUUGGCUUUGAUCCUCUGCUUUGACUAUAGGAAAACUAGAGAUGUGGUGAAUCUUUUUGAUCUAAAAUCUUCAAAGGGGCACAAAUACAUAUGGUAUGCACUUCCUGGAUACGCUAUUGGCUUGGUCUCGGCUCUAGCUGCAGGUGUGUUGACACACUCACCUCAGCCAGCUCUGCUUUAUCUGGUACCAUCAACGUUAGGACCGGUGAUCUUCAUGUCAUGGCGGAGAAAGGAUCUUAGGGAGCUGUGGGAAGGACCAGCAUUGUCCAAUCCCAUUGAGAAAUCUCAUGAAGUAGAGAUCUGAAAUUUAUUUAUGUCAAUCAAAAAUAGCUCAAAAACAUAAAAACAAAGCAUAAAUGCGUAGGGUUCUUGUAUUCUCAAGUAAAAAACAGAAGCAUUUUAUCUCAUUUUAUUACAUUAUAUACCUUACAUACAGCCAAAAUAUUCAAAGAAGAAAAAUAUAUAUAAACAUCUUAUUUGAUGAU